GUGGGGCUGGAAGGUCAGUCGGUGCAGGGUUAGGGUCUGUGGUUGAUUGAAAUAGACGGUCUAGUAAACGGUGAGUGGGAGGCAGGCUGUGCGGGUCGUCGCUGUGGGCGGUGCCAGUUCAGAGGUAUUUGCGGGGCGUUGUGUGUUACAUGGAGGAGUGACGUCUCAGCAGCAGAUCCAGCACUGGGGACCCCAGGACCUGGGAAGGGACUUUGAGGAUGAAGUGGAGGACGAGCCGACCCUUCCUAUGUCCUCUCUCUGAGCAAAGGUGAAAGAGUGGCUGGGUGGUCAAGUCGAAAUGGGAGGUGUGUGACUACAUGCAGAUGAUGGAGGCAGAGCACCAGCAGUGUCUGGAGGAGGCCCCAGCGGAGAACGACACAGCAGGCUGCAGCAAGAUGUGGGACAACGUCACCUGCUGGCCGGCCACCCCUCAGGGCCAGGUGGCCGUCUUGGCCUGCCCCUUCACCUCUAACACCUCCCUUCAAGGCCGCAACGUGAGCCGCAGCUGCACCGAGAAGGGCUGGGCAGACCUGGAGCCUGGCCCCUACCACGUCGUCUGCGCCUUGGAUGACAAGGAGUGGAGUUUGGACGAGCAGCAGCAGGUGCUGUUCUACAGCUCCAUACAGACCGGCUAUACCAUCGGGCACAGCCUGUCCCUCGCCUCCCUGCUCAUCGCCACUGCCAUCUUGAGCCUGUUCAGGAAGCUCCACUGCACGCGGAACUACAUCCACCUGCACCUCUUCAUGUCCUUCAUCCUGAGGGCCGUCUCCGUCCUCGUCAAGGACCUCACCCUCUUCGACAGCAGCCCCUUGGACGACUGCCCUGUGGCCCCGCAGGUGGCCUGUAAGGCGGUCGUGGUCUUAUUCCAGUACUGUGUCAUGGCCAACUACUUCUGGCUGCUGGUGGAGGGUCUCUACCUGUACACCCUGCUCGCGGUCUCCUUCUUCUCCGAGCGGAAGUACUUCUGGGGGUACAUACUCAUCGGCUGGGGGGUGCCCAGCAUAUUCACAGUGGCGUGGACUGUCACCAAGAUCCAUUUUGAGGAUAAUGGAUGCUGGGACACCAUCGACUCCUCGUUUCUGUGGUGGAUCCUGAAGGCACCCAUCCUCACAUCCAUCUUGGUGAACUUCAUCAUGUUUAUUCUCAUCAUCCGAAUCCUGGUGCAGAAACUGCAGCCCCCAGACGUGAGGAAGAGUGAAAAAAGCCCAUACUCGAGGCUGGCCAAGUCCACCCUCCUGCUGAUCCCCCUGUUUGGGGUGCACUACACCAUGUUUGCCUUCUUCCCCGACAACUACAAGGCUGAAGUGAAACUGGUCUUCGAGCUCGUCGUGGGGUCAUUCCAGGGUUUUGUGGUGGCCGUCCUCUACUGCUUCCUAAAUGGCGAGGUGCAGGCGGAACUUCGGCGUAAGUGGCGGCGCUGGAACCUACAGGGCAUCUUGGGCUGGGGCCCCAAAUACCAGUACCCGCCAGGAGGCAGCAGCGGGGCCACAUGCAGCACACAAGUCUCCUUGCUGACCCGCGUCAGCCCCAGCGCGCGCCGCUGCUCCAGCUUCCAGGCCGAGGACUCUCUGGUCUGACCGCCAGGCUCCCGGGGGCCCAGAGAGGCUCCACCCGCCCGCACCUACCCACCCCGGGCGGCACCGGGGACAGGCCUGCCCGGGCGAGGCCAGCCCCAGCCCUGGGCUCGGAGGCUGCCCUGGCCCCCAGGUCACUGUCCGGAAGGCCCUGGAGAACGCUGCUCUUGCGCAUGCCUGGGGAGAGAAGGGUGGUUAGACCAGGAGCCGCUUCUAAGCAAGAGCCCUGAGAGUCGAACCCUGGAGGACGUGGGGUGGAGCGCACUCAUCAGACUCCUCCCUCGAAAGCCCUCUCUGCCAAUCAAUGGCAAGAAAUUCGCAUAUUCUUAAGAGACUCCACUCCCUCUCAUGACCUAUCGAGGAAGGCAACCACCCAACCUCCGAUAAUACAGUGGGAACGUGGUUGACAAAGGUCUGGCCCUUGAAACCCACCACGACCUCAACAGUGCUCAGAGUUCCGACUUGCUGUCAAGUCCCUCUGGGUUGAGCAUUGCUGUUGGGGCAUCUCUCUGAAGGUGCAGUCCCCUCCCCAGCGUCCUCCUAGCUGCCCUCCGCUCCAGGUGAGUGAAUAGCUCUGCCUGAGGCUGAUGCGCUUGUGGAAGGGAGUUCUAAUUCGGGGAGCGCAGCUACCUUCAGAGUCCCUGCUGAAGUGAAGUGGUCCCGGGAAGUUCGGAACAAUUCGAGGAGACUGCCACCAAAGCCACCCACGCGCUUGGCUGCCCACCUAUGGUGCUUACUGUGGGAACUAGGCUCAGAGAUGUGCACUCACAGGCCCUCCAUCGCCAGGUCAGCCCAGCAAGGUGGGAACUACUGCCCCUCCUCCGCAGGUCAGGAAGUGGAGACUCACAGAGGGCAGGUCCCUGAUCUUGUCUCACAGCGGGAUUUGAACUCGACCCUGGCUGAUGGGCAAGUGAACGCACGGACUUUUUACUGCUGUUUUUAUACCUUAUAACACGCUGGAUCCUCUUGGUUACUUGCAUCACUGCUGUCAUUACCCCAAGUCCUGCAGCCCCGUUCCCACCCGACACUCCCUGCAGUGUGGCCAGGGAGUCCGGUGGCCCAUGCACCAUCCAGACAAGUGCCUAGUGGUCAAGGCACAGUGUGUCUGCCCUGCGCCCUGAGGUCAAGGCUUCCUGCCCACGGCCCAGCCAGAAGACCCACACUUGUGCAACAAUAAACGUUGUAUCCGAUUG